AUGGAUCCGCAUCUCGACCAAGCUUUCAUCCGUGCCUCACGCAUCAGUCAACCGCAGCAGGAAUACGAUGGAGAUACAGACGAGCUUGGAGCUAUUGAAAGUGAAGAUGACAUCGAGAUUUUGGGUGUCGAAUACGAUCAGUCAGAGACGAAUCCUUAUGGACCACUCAAGAACUGCUGUAUCACAGCACGCGGCUACCUGCUUCCCGUCCACUUAGACGACAAUCUUUCUUCUCUUUUCGACACAGGCAAUUUUCCAGAGGGCCAUGACUUGCAACCAUCACCACCUCGUAGUAUGAUUAUGGAAAUCGCACUUGACACUGCGGAGCGUCGGGUGUUCAAGAUUAUAUAA